UUCGACAUCUAGUGGCUCACCGCCAUCGGAUGCUUCUCGGGACUUAUACAAAUCGCAUAGCUUCAAAGUUUCAAUUUGACUUCUCCUGUUCACACAAUUCACGAACACUGCAGAGAAGAACGAAGAAGACGAACCUUCUACGUCUAUUCCUCGCAUUACGUGAAUCGAUCAAUUGGAUCCAUUGAGUUUUCGGAUCCGAAGAUCCGAACACUCAAGACGGAUCAUCUGAUUCUGUUGGAGAAUAAUGAACCCCGAGAUAGCCAGCUUCGAUUACUGGUUUAAUUGGAGAGUGCUUCUCUGCGCGGUAUGGGUGCUGGCUCCGAUGGUUGUUGCUCUCUUCGUUAUAUACAAGUACGAAGACAGUUCUGUUGAAACUCAGCGACGAAACGGUGAUGAUAGUGAAGAACACAGUGAUGUUCUGUGCGUUGAUGAUGCUUGGAGACCUUGUUUUGAGCGAAUCCACCCGGGUUGGUUGUUGGGUCUCCGGAUCCUCGCCUUGUGCUUUCUUCUGGCGACCAACAUUGCCCGGCUCGCUCUUCGCGGGUGGCGUAUCUACUACUACUACACUCAGUGGACUUACACGUUGAUAGCAAUCUACUUUGGGAUGGGAUCAGUGCUUUCUGUUUACGGGUGUUUUCAACACAAGAAGCAACUGAGAACUAGACUAGCGGACGAUGCAGAGAGUGGAUUACGUUUGCCUCUUAAUGGGGAGAAAAUGGUUUUGCUCGAGAAGAGUAAAGCUUCUGAUUCAAAGGCACUACAGUCCUCUGUCCAUCUCUUCCAGAUUAUAUUUCAGAUGAGUGCUGGAGCUGCAGUGCUUACAGACAGUAUUUACUGGACCGUGAUUUUCCCGUUUCUGUCUUUACAAGACUAUGAGAUGGGUUUCAUGACUGUGAAUUUGCAUACUAGCAACCUCUUUUUGCUGCUCUGUGACACAACUCUUAACCGUCUGAGGUUUCCCAUGUUCAGGUUCGCGUACUUCAUCUUGUGGACAGGAUGUUUCGUUAUUUUCCAAUGGAUUCUCCAUCUUUUUGUCUUCGUUGGGUGGCCAUAUCCAUUUCUCGACCUGUCACUUCCAAUGGCUCCAGUGUGGUAUCUGUUGGUAGCACUCCUGCAUCUUCCUUCUUAUGGACUCUAUGCAUUAUUCGUCAGAAUCAAAUACAAACUGAAGAGUUUUGCGUCGUAAGAAUCAAAAUCUUCAUUUCAUUUUAAAUGGUUUUCCACAAUGAAUGUGAACAUAAGUUUAUUAGCAUAUAUACCCAUGUCUAAAAAACUCAGAACAGAUGAAUAUAAUCACCACAGUUUUUAAAUCA